UUUUCUUUCCUGCCGACUGCCGCGCGCCGUUCUGGAUGUGAACAUGUCGGGAAUUAAUGGCGACCAGCUGCACCGCUCCACCUUGGGGAUUUACCGGAGUCUCACUGACGAGUUCAACCCCAGUCUACAGAAACUGGUUUCGCUGGGAAACAGCUAUGCCCAUGCCUUCAAAGACCUUGUUGUCAGCAGCGAGGCUUACUUCAUGGCGCUUUCAGAGAUCGGACAGAAAGCUUUCUACACCACGUCGUCCCGCUCCCUGGGAGAUGUCCUGAUCCAGAUCGCCGACAACCAGCGGAGACUCGCCUUGGAGCUGGAGGGAGUGUUCCGCAACUUCAGUUUGGAAGUCCUGCAGGUGAUGGAGAGCAGCGUCCAGCUGGACAUCGACUACAUCUCACACAGCAGGGCGACGUACGAGAGGGAAGUCCACAAGCAGGCGGCGGCGGCUCAGCAGAGGCAGCGGAGAGGAGGAACCGGCCAGGAGUACCUGCAGUUUAUGAAGGAGAGCCACCAGGAGGCGCUGCAGGAGGAGGAGCGGCGGUACCGCUUCCUGGCUGAGAAGCACUGCGGCCUCGUACAGUCCAUCGGCCUCCUCCUGAACAAGACAUCAGGGCCUCUCCUGCAGAAAGCCGAUGUCUGGACAGAGGAGGUCGACGCCACCAGGCGACCUGAGGCCCAGCGACCAGCUGCCGUGGAUAACCCUGGAGGGAUGAGGGCGGAGGACAUCCGACAGAUCCGAGAGGAGAUGACUCUGGGCAAGGUACCGUCAAGGGCGCCGUCCCCGGUGGGAAGCGUUUAUCGCUCCAGAGGCGGCGGCGGCGGAGCUGUGUCCAUGAGGGCCAAGGCGGCGCACCAGCCCUCUAGCUCCAACCCCACCCUGCUGCCCUUCUCCAGGGGGCAGGUCAUCACCGUGAAGGCCCUGCAGCCCAGGAACGGCUGGCUCUACGGAUACGCCGAGAACGGCUCAGGUCAGGGAUGGUUUCCAGCCUCCUAUGUGGAAGAACUUGAUGAUCCUCCGAUGUCGCCCAACUCCUGGAACUACACUCUUCGAAGCAGCAGCAGCAUGAGCGACCUGCUGGACCAACCAGGGGUGAGCAGCAGCAGGACCAGCAGUGCCAUGAGCAGCAUGUUCGACCUGCCAAAACCCAGCAGCAGCAGCAACAGCAGCAUCAGCAGCAGGAGUGGAGCCCCGCCUCCUCCGCCUCCUCCACCUACGCAAUCCUCAUCUGGGCACUGUGGCCGAGUUCUGUUCUCGAUGACUCCUCAGCCUUCGUUCUGGUGGACGCAGGGCGGAAGCUCCAGCUGCUGACCACAAAUCGCAGUCAGGGAGACCGCAGAACGAACUCUUCCCGAGGGGCACCAAUCCGUUCGCCACGGUUAAGCUGAAGCCCACUCACACCAACGACAGAUCUGCUCCGAUACUGUACCGGAGAUGACUCCUCGACGAGGGAAGAGGCGUUUCCGUUUAGUUUGACAGGUGGAUGAUCGGUGAUGGCUGUUUUAUUGAACCACAGUACUUAUCUGUGUGCCAGAUGUUGUUUUGUUUUUAAUCAAAAAACAAAACAAAA